AUGUUCCCUCGACUUACACGGAAAAUGGCCUGGUACUGUUCAGGGUCCACCAACACGGAGUUAAUUGAGAACCUAUUUAGAGAGGGAUUGAUUGAGAAUGAGCGAGUGAAAGAAGCCAUGAUUGGGGUCGAUCGAGCUCACUAUGCCCCCUCCAGGCCAUAUUCGGACUCCCCGCAGCCUAUCGGACAUGGGGCUACGAUUUCAGCACCGCAUAUGCAUGGCCAUGCCUGCGAGUAUCUUAUUGACUACCUCAAACCAGGGGCCCGAGUCCUGGAUAUUGGUUCCGGCUCAGGAUAUUUGACCCAUGUCCUCGCCAAUCUGGUCACCGACACCGGCAAUGCAGUACACGGGACCGUCGUAGGCAUUGAUCACAUUUCCGAGCUGACAGAUCUGGCUCGGAAGAAUAUGAACAAGUCACAGGAAGGGAGUGAGCUUCAGGCCUCGUCGGCGGUCCAAUUCUUCACAGGGGAUGGACGCCUCGGUUGGAAAGACGGUGCACCCUACGAUGCAAUUCAUGUAGGUGCGGCUGCCGAAUCCCUCCACCCAACGCUGAUCGACCAACUGCGGGCCCCGGGACGGAUGUUCAUCCCGGUGGAGGCGGAGGACAAUGGAACCCUCGAUGGAGGACAAUACAUCUGGGUGGUGGACAAGAAGAAAGACGGAUCCGUGAAGAAGGAAAAAGUAUUCCAGGUCAGCUAUGUGCCUCUGACAGAUGCUCCGAGGUGA